AGCAGCCUCCUCUACUUUAUUUCACCCUACUUUAGCAGAUUAACUCUUCUGACAUCUCUGCAUGUAUGUGUUGCAGGUGUCUGGCAUUGUGGGCAGAGCUGAUGUCUUGGCUUGUCUGCUGUUCCUCCUGACAUUCCACCUCUAUAUUAGGAGUAUUGAUGAAUGGGUCUUCGAAGACUCGUUCCCUUCCACGGUGUCUCCAGGGUCUCUGCUCAUCAGCUUGUUUCUGGGUACCUGUGCAAUGCUGGUCAAGGAAACAGGAAUCACUGUGUUUGGAGUGUGUCUGCUCUAUGAUGCUCUGGUGCUGUGCCGCAAGCCUCUUACACAUCACCUUUCAAGUUCUAGACUCAAGGACUUCCCCCACUUCUGCACUCCCUUCAUUAAACGGGCCUGCCUUAUCUCUGGCUAUGUGGUGAUGAUAAUGUCAAUUCGGCUGUGGCUCAUGGGAGGAUCCAUGCCUCUUUUUUCAGAACAGGACAACCCUGCCUCCUUUUCACCUCAUCUGCUUACCAGGUUCCUUACCUACUCAUACCUGCUGUCCUUUAAUGCCUGGCUGCUGCUUGCUCCCGUUGUGCUGUGCUAUGACUGGCAAGUGGGCAGCAUUCCCCUUGUAGAAUCUCUGGGUGAUGUGCGCAACUUGGCCACCAUACUGCUGGCUGCAGUGAUGAUUGCUCUCUGCUUGCACUGCCUCUUCUCACUAAAGAGGCAGGAGAACAAGGAGGUGUUGGUAGGAAUUUUUUUUCUUGUAUUUCCCUUCAUUCCUGCCAGUAAUCUUUUCUUCAGAGUGGGAUUUGUUGUGGCUGAGAGAGUUCUCUACAUGCCCAGUAUGGGGUAUUGUAUCCUUGUGGCUGCUGGUCUAGGCCGGCUCUUUUCAGUUGCAGGCCGCUGGGGCACCACACUCCUCAGUGUCUUCAUGUUGCUGCUGAUCCUGCUCUUCUCCUGGAAAACCGUCCAACAGAACACCGUCUGGCUCUCCAGGGAAGCGCUCUUUCGCUCUGGUUUCAAGACUGUGCCUCACAAUGCCAAAGUCCACUACAACUAUGCCAACUUUCUGAAAGACAGCGCUCGACAUGAAGAAGCUAUUUACCACUACAACAAUGCCCUCAGGUUAUAUCCCCGUCACGCCAGUGCCAUGAACAAUCUGGGAACUUUGACUCGCAGCCCAGAUGAGGCAGAACAUUACUACAGGAAAGCCCUGGAGAUCAACCCUCAUCAUAACCGGGCUCUUUUUAACCUGGGAAAUCUUCUCAAGUAAGAUUUAAUCACAACAGAGAUCAAAAUAAACAACA